AUGGUAUCGGGAAGUGAUUAUCCUACCUCAAAUCUGUUUCUACUUGAGGUAUGGAGAAUGAAGGAAAUUCUGCAGUUGAACUGUGUUGAUAGGCAUGACUACAUUAGAUCAAUGGCAGGAAAAAUGACUCAGAAAUUUGAGAAGUAUUGGGGGGAAUGCAAUUUGUUGAAGUCCAUAGCUGCUGUCUUGGAUCCGAGAUACAAGAUGAAGUUGAUCAAUUUCUGUUUUCCUUUUAUUUACCCUGAUUUUGAUGCUGCUGAGCAGGCUGCAGUUGUUUCACAAAGUGUUUCUACACCAUGUGUCAGUAGAGUUUCCACAGCUCGAUCAAUGUAUCAGGAUCAUGUUAGAACUAUUGAUGUCAUUCGGCCUCUUAAAUCAGAUUUAGAUAUCUAUCUUGAAGAGGAUGUUGGUGAAGAUAUUGAUAACGAAUUCGAUGCUUUUGGAUGGUGGAAGCUCAAUGCCUUGAAGUACCGAAUUUUGUCUAAGAUGGUAAAGGACAUUCUAGCCAUACCCAUCACCACAGUUGCUUCUGAAUCUUCAUUCAGUGCAGGUGGUAGGAUUAGUGAAGGUCAUCUCCCGGUUAGAUACUUGGGGGUUCCCCUCAUCUUUAAGAGAUUGUCUGCAGCUGACUGUGAAGUGAUUGUUUCCAGAAUUUCUGCUCGCAUUGAUUCAUGGUUAUCCAAGCAUCUUACAUUUGCAGGAAGACUUAAGCUUAUCUCUUCUGUUCUUUGUAGCUUGCAGGUGUUCUGGACCCGGGUUUUUGUGCUGCCUAAAAAGAUUAUUCAUCUUUUAGAGCAGAAGCUUAAUAGAUUUCUUUGGUGUGGCUCGGAUGUUAAGGCUAAAGCAAAGGUUUCUUGGGAUAAAAUCUGUGUCCCUAAGAAGGAAGGGGGGCUGGGCAUCAAGAGGCUUGAGGUUUGGAACAAAGCUUCUGUGAUGAUUCAUAUCUGGAAUUUAUUUGCUAGGGCUGGCUCUCUUUGGGUUGCUUGGGUGGAAGAAGUGUGGGAAAUUUUCCUAUGGUUUGAUUCUUGGCAUCCAGCAGGGUAUCUUCUUGAUCGGUAUGGUUUCCGAACUGUUUAUGAUGCUGGUAGAGAUAUUGGUCCUAAGCUAUCUUCCAUUAUUAGGAAUGGUGAAUGGUAUUGGCCAAGUGCUCGUUCGGACAACCUUGUAGAGAUUCAAAGCAGGCUGUCGGAGGUUGUUAUUGGUGGAGAUGAUCUUCCUGUUUGGAAAAGCAGCAAAGGAGUCUACUCUUGUGCAGAAACUUGGGAUCAACUUAGGGUAAAACUUCCUUCUAUGGAGUGGCACAAAGUGGUGUGGUUUUCCCAAGCUAUUCCUAGGCAUGCUUUUAUCCUAUGGUUGGCUCUAAGGGAUGCUCUAGUUAUAAAGGAGAAGAUGUGUUCUUGGGGUUUCUUUGGUCCUAGUGUGUGUAUGUUUUGCUAUGGCUGCAACGAAAGCUGGGGACAUCUCUUCUUUGAUUGUAAUUUUAGUAGACAGAUUUGGCGGGCAUUGAUGUCUAUUUGUCUAAUUCCAAACCCUUCUGUAGAUUGGGAAGAGGUGAUUCGGUGGUUUGUCAAAGAUUUGCAAGGUACAAGCUUAAAAGCUACUGCUUGCAGGCUAAGCCUUGCAGCAGUUGUAUAUCACCUAUGGUGGCAGAGAAAUGCCCUUCUGCAUGGCAACACUCCUAGAACAGAGGAAGAUAUAGUGAGCCAAGUCAAAAGGCAAGUUGGGUCUAGGCUCCUGGCAAAGGGAUCAAAGCAAAGUGUUACAAAGAAUCUUGCUCUUGCUUAUAAUUGGAAUCUACAGGGACUCUUAGAUUAUUAG